GUGGGACAAACUGGAGAUGGAGAUUCAGCUUCUGCAGCACGAGCGCGAAGAGGUGGAAAAGGAACGGCAGGCGGUGAUGCACAGCAAGAAGGCACUGAGCCAGCAGCAGCACCGCCUUGAACGAGGAGCGCGCGGCACUGCAGCAGGAGAUGCAGAAGAUCGAGACCGAUCGGCUCGCGCUGGACCUGCGUGCCGAUGGCCUCCGGCGACUUCGGCGAGAGCUGAAGCAUCGAGAGAAGACGCUGGAGAAGGUGAACAACAUGCAGUUCUUAUGGGGAAACCAGUUGGAGUACCGUGAGAACGAGGUGCAGCGGCAGAUAGACAGCGACGCCGCACACGAGUUGGAGAGAGAGCAGGAAGACUUGGAUCCAAGGCAUUAUCGAAGUCGGUCCUGGAUACGAGGUCACAGCUCGCGGAAGCAUAAUAUAAGACCUUCAAAAGGUCGGAGCAGGUCGUAUCCAGACUUUGGCCCACGCUCACAUCCAGAUGACUGUCGUCCCAGCACGCCGCAGAUUGUACACGCCAGCUGCUGCAGAUUCAUGGGGAGGUCACCUGAAGGAUACGAUGACGUUGUAAUGGAGGUCGAAAGCAAGGAACUGUUGUUCAGCGACCGAGAGGAGGCUGAGGUUAGAGACGAGAGGCAUCGUGAACGUCAGAGAUGUCGACCAAAAAAUAGACACGCACGAUCUCAAAGUAGAAGUCCCGUGAAUAGAAAUUACGACAAAGUCAGUAGGAGUCGUGCAGAGCUCGUGCAUGAGUCACGAAGGUCCCGUCCUUACCACCAAGAUAAGCGACCUCGGCUUGCGACUUGCAUAAGCAGCACAGAAGUUCAGUUCGAGGCGGCCACAAACGAACCGCUCGAGGACCUGGACGAAUCACCAGACAACGGCAGCUUGGAGAGCCCUCCAAAGGUCAAGAACAAGACAGGAGGAUAUCAAAUGCCACUGCUGACUCAGCUCAUGGAGAAAGUGAAGCAGCUUGAAGAAGAACGCAUGCACCUGCUCAUGGAAUCAGACCAACUGAAGAGGGUAGUCACUGCAACGGAACAGCGUCGGAAAGGUCCCGAGGACAACAAGGUCUCCAUGGGUCUACGUACAAACAGUUUGAAGGGCUGGAGCAACUCAAGAAACUACCUCGAGCUCUCAUCUUUAGCCUACGCUCAAGAGAACCCCCAAGGAUACCGCAAGGUGACGGGGGCUGAGCCUGUCCCCAAUCCCUAUAUGGAGAAAUGCAAGCGCGUAGUGGGGAGUGAUGAUGAUGGUGAUGAUUUUGCUGCUGAUGCUGAUAUUGAUGAUGAUGAUGAUGGUGGAGGCGAGGAUGAUCAUUCGAAACUUCAUUUAGGUGCCCAAGCAAUGUUUACGAAGAAUGAGGCUUACUUUCGCUAUCCCUCUUACGCAGUCGGCAGACCACCGCCGGCGCAAAUCUCUCGGGGGUCAUUGGAGGGUCAUCACGAGUUAGCGGGAAAAGGACGUGAUAACGCAAGAGACCUACACAUUUAUUAUCAUGGAUAUUUGCAGUCAGCUAAGAAGAAGGUGGUAGAUAAGAAAACUACUCCUCCCAAGAUUAUGCCAGACUUGCCUGAGAAAUUCCAGAGAAACAAAUUGGUUGAGAAGGGGGAAACAACUUUAAAAGUAAACUCUUCCGGUUUACCUGUGAUGGAUAGACCCAAUCAGUCACCCAGUGACGCCAUCAUGUCAAUUCAGCACAAUUCAGACUGUCCCUCGCAGGCACAGCAAGUGUCAGGGACAAAAUUCUGCUGUAAAUGUCCUCCAAUGGAAAAACAUCGACACAUCCAUCCCGACCCAAGAUGCACAUGUGCUCACCACUCUCACCACGCUCACCAUCAUCUGAGCUAUGUUGCUGCUUCACACCAAUGUAUGCAUCACCGUGAAGGAAGACAAGAACAACCUGUCAGGAAUCAGCUAUCCCCGCAACCGAGCCCAUCUUUGUCCGAGAGGGCGCCUCUGACCGAUUCAGACGUCAGCCAGAUGCCCGUCGCACAGUCUGCUGCGCCUGAGCAGAACGCGCCAUUCGUAGCGUACGCGUAUGACAAGACAACAACACGGUCUCCUUCCAGGUCGUACGCUCGCGAGACGACUGGCAUCGACGUGGCCAUCCCGCAGCCCACAGAGAGAAAUAAUUCCAAGAUCUUGCAGUCAGAGGCGGAGACGACUAAUUUCGGCACCGAAACCAACUGCUGCCAGGUACUUGGGCACCUCCUGUUGGAGAGGGAGACUUCGCGGGUCUCAGCCAAUCUGGAACAGCUGCACCGCCUGCACCAAAAGAAAACAGCAAAAAUGCGCCAGCAGAUUCAGCAGCUUAAGGCGCGACAGAAGCAGCUUCUGCAAAAAAUGAAGGAAGGUUGCAUGAAGUUGAUGUCCAAAGAGCUGAGGGGUCGAGACGACCAGCUUGCGGAAGAACGUCAUUCUCAGGACCAGCUCAAACAAGCCGUGGUAGAGUUACAGAAGCAGUUGAGCGACAUGGAGCGAGAGCUGAUCAAGGCAACUUUCGCCAAAAGCUCCUUGCUAAAGGAGGCAAACUCGGGGCGAGAACACUUUGCUGAACAAAUGAAGAAAAUGCGACAGACUGCGACGAGUGUAAAAAAUGAAAAACAGAAUUUGCUGAAAAAGCUGAGCACUGCGUUACAAGAGAACGCCUCAUUAAAGGCCCAGCUGGACGAAGCUAAGAAGGGAUCCCAGCUGUUCGAAGGUCAGGCCGUUCGACUGAGGAAGAAGCUAAACACAUACCGAGACCUGGCCGAGCUGUGCCACAACAAAUACAAGUCCCAAAAGGAGCAAACAGAACAAGUUUACAAGGAGCUGGAUGUCGUCAGCAAGAGGUUGUUGGGCAGCGAAGGAACGGUAGGUCACCUCAAAAAGCAUCUGCGGGUGGCACGGCAUCGUGCUCGUAAACGAAAGCGUGAAGUUGAAGGUCUAAAGGUGGAGAGAGAUAACAUCAAGUCAGAACUUCAACAGGAGAUCGAGGCCUCAGCCCGCUUGGAAAAAGAAAAGAAAGAGACGGAGGAGAAACUUAAAGCUGAGACACUUAGGUACCAGCAGUUGCUACGGGAGGUGCAAAGUCAGCGGCAGCGUCUGAGCUGCGUGGCCACAAAGAUGCAGGCGCUGGAUCCAAGCAUCCUGCAGAGGCAGAUGGAGAUACGAUUCAGUGCAGAGAUGAGCCUCGUUCUGAAGCAAGUAACGAGUUUCCUGGAGCAGAGUGCUGCCUCCAGUGAGGCCGCCGCAUUGGCUGAUCAGGAGAGACAAUUCAGAAAUCGCGCCCAUGAGAACACCAUUUCGACAUUCAUACGGAAGUACGAGCACCUGAUGGCCUUGAAAGAGGCGGCGGAGAUGGAGGCCUUCCUGCUGAACGAACUCAGCAAGAGCCACAGGAACCGAGGUGCUGGUUCCUGGCCAGAGACAACUGCCUUCGUGGAUUUACUGGACAUUCGCCGAGAACCGUGUCCUCCAGCUUGGUUAGGGCCAGACAUAGCUAGUCCUAGUCAAGUGCCUUGGCUGGACGAUGGCCUCACCAGCACCAGUCCACCCUUGUUCAGGUCUUUUCCAAAUACCACUGCUGCCCAUAUGACAUGCCCCCAGCCGAGAAUGAACAUCGUCAUGAGCAGCCCACAAAGAGAUUGGCUCAGGCAGAACCCACAAAAUAGCGCUAGAUUUCCAAUCAGGCAGCAGCAGAACACUUGGACCUCACAGGACCGAAAUCGGGACUGGACCUCCCCUGAGGAAGGUUGGGAUAGGUGGCCCUCUACUGACCGAGGUCAAAACACCUUGAUUUCCCCUGACAGAGGUCUGGGCAUCCGGACCACUCCUGACCGAGAUCGAGAUAGCUGGGUCUACCGUGACCAAUAUUUGAUCCCUUUCCAAUCGGUUACAGAUCCUCUUGCAGGGCAACCUAAGUUGCCGAGCAACACAUCCGAGAAAGAGGUGCUAACUGAUAGGCAGAGUAGUGAGGACAAGGGGAGUAUUGACAUAGGAAGCUCCAGCGAACUGUCAACUCGUGUGAAUCCUAGCGACACUUUGCGCAGCAGUACACUGACUCCUCUUGACAGGCACAGCGCAAAGCUGUUAGACAAUGUGACUGUCACUACCAGGGGCAUACAGGAAGUUCACGCUGAAAAAAGCAGUCUGUUGGUAUCGUCCGAAAAGUUCUCUUUUCACGCCACCCCCAUUCUCGUGGACCAGACCGAACGCAAAUCCUUAGCCGCCGAUUCUGGCUUGGGUCAUGGGUCCUCAAAGGGAGGGGUCUUUCCCAGCACCCAUAGUUUCUCUAAUACCACAUCGGAAGUCAGGUCACCCUCCUUACGUACGAGCACGGGGUAUUCCGAAAAAGCGCGCAUGCAUGGUACCGCUGUUGACUCCUCCAGCCGAGAGGAAUGCGACUCUGUGAGAUCCUCGCCGGUGGAUGGUUUUCUGCCCGCCAAAUACCUGACCAGACAGCCCACCCCAACUGAAGAAGACUCCCGUUCCGAAUGAAACUCAGUGGAAACAGGGGAACAUGCUACUUCCAGACCCAUUCUUCCUCCACGCCAUCCGCACAUGCACCCGUGAAGGCCGUGGAUAUAAAACUGAUCGCUAGAGAAAUCAAAGCGAUACGACAGGCUUGUCCAUACAUUUCUUGUUUCACACCCAAAUUCUUCAGCAGUGUCCUAGCUCAUUAACCUACUUUGUCAUUUACUAUUGUUGAUCUGUAACACAUCAGUUUGGCAGCGUAUCAUCUCUAAUCUGUCCCGACGCUACAUUUUUUGGGGGAGGAGGGAAUUCAGUUGAACAGAAUGUUUCUUCUGAUGUCUUUAUCGGGUGCAAUGUUUAAAAUAUCGAGCAAGCAUCUGCCCCCCCCCCCAAAUCCCUAUUCAUAUCUUGCCGCCUCUGGUCUGCAGCUAAAUAAAUCUUCUUAUUUCAUUGA